AUGGCCAGGUGUCACAACAAAGCCUCUUGGUUAUUGUUUUUAGUUCAUUUGGUGCUAACAGGAAGAGCGUUGGAAUAUGAAGGCAUUCCAGGUCAGUGGACACGUUACGGACAAUGGGACGCCAAGACGACGGCUGAGCUCAGCUUCAUCCUGAAGACAAACAUCAGCAAAGCUCUGGUGCUCUACUUAGACGACGGCGGAGACUGCGACUUUCUGGAGCUGCUCGUAUCCGACGGGAGACUCCAGUUACGCUUCGCCAUCCACUGCGCCGAGCCGGCUUCACUACACACGGAGACUCGGAUCGAUGACCUCCGCUGGCACCGAGUCGUACUCUCGCGGAACUACCGGGAGACCAAGCUGCUUGUGGACAAUGAAGAGAAGGCGGCCGAAGUCAAGUCUAAGAGGAAAGAGAUGGUGGUGGCCAGCGACCUCUACGUGGGCGGGAUCUCGCCCGACGUGCGUCUCUCCGCUCUGACGUCCAGCACCGCCAAGUACGAGCCACCGUUCCGUGGCCUCAUCGCCAAUCUGAAAGUGGGCGAAGCUCUGCCGGUGCUCUUGGACGGCCAAUCGGUCCACAGCGACAUGGACUACAUCUGUUCCACGCACUCACCCUGUAAUAACGGAGGCCUGUGUUCCGUCAGCCAGGGGGAGGUCCUUUGUAACUGCAUCAACACCAGCUACGUGGGAAGCUACUGCCACGACGCAGGUGUCCAAAAAGAAGUAGAAGGUCUGGCGCACCUGAUGUUAAAUCGCCAAGUCUUAAGCCAAGGCCAGGGGGAGUCAAUGGCGACAUUUAAAGGCAACGAGUACUUCAGCUACAACCUGUCGCAGACGCCCAUUCAGAGCAGCUUGGAUGAAAUCACGCUGUCCUUCCGCACGCUGCAAAGGAACGGCCUGCUGCUUCAUACGGGCAAAUCGGGAGAUUACGUCAACCUGUCUUUGAGAGACGGAGCUCUGUGGCUUGUCAUUAACUUGGGCUCCGGUGCGUUCGAGGCCCUCGUGGAACCAGCCAGCGGAAAGUUCAACGACGACAUCUGGCACGAUGUUCGAGUGACGCGCAAUCUCCGCCAGGUGACCGUUUUGGUCGAUGGGAUACUGACCACCACAGGCUACACCCAAGAGGACUACACCAUGCUGGGCUCUGAUGACCUUUUCUACAUCGGAGGCAGUGUAGACACGGCUGACCUACCGGGUUCGCCAGUCAGCAACAACUUCAUGGGCUGCCUUAAAGACGUGGUCUACAAGAAUAAUGAAUUCCGACUGGAGCUGUCACGGCUGGCUGAGCAGCGGGACCCGAAAAUAAGUAUCCAUGGUGACUUGACGUUCAGCUGCGAGAGCGUGGAGGCCCUGGAGCCGGUCACCUUUGACACGCCGGCCGCCUACUUGACAUUGCCCAGGUGGAACACAAAGAAGACAGGCACCAUAUCGCUGGACUUUCGCACCACGGAGCCCAGCGGCUUGCUGCUGUUCAGCCACGGCAGCCUGCUGGGGGCCCUGCCUGAGAGCAAGCUCCGGGCUGACUUCUUUGCCAUCGAGCUGCUGGAUGGAUUCCUCUACCUGGUCAUGGAUAUGGGCUCCGGCAGCAUCAAAAUAAAAGCCAGCGAUAAGAGGCUUGAUGACGGCCAAUGGUGCCACGUGGACUUUCAGAGGAAAGGGCGCAGUGGCUUUAUUUCGGUGAACGGCAAGAGCGUCCCGUUUUCCGCUAACGAGGGCAGCGAGAUCCUCGACCUGGACGGGGAUAUGUAUCUCGGGGGUCUUCCUGACGAACGCCAAGGUCUCAUGCUCCCCCCGGAGGUGUGGAGCGCCUCUCUAGGCCUGGGCUACGUGGGCUGCGUGCGGGACCUCUUCAUUGACGGCCAGAGCCGCAACCUGUGGCGGCUGAGCGAGAUUCAGGGCGCCGCGGGCGUCAGCAGCUUGUGCACCAGAGAGACUCACGUCAGGUGCGGCCGAGACACGUGUGCCAACGGGGGGCACUGCAAGGAGGGCUGGAAUCGACACAUAUGUGACUGUAGUUCAACCGGCUACCUGGGGCCCAACUGUGAGAAAGAUGCCACAGUGGUGAGCUACGACGGCAGCAUGUACCUGAAGGUCAUGCUUCAGAGGACACUGCACACGGAGGCCGAGGAUGUGUCCCUGCGUUUUAUGUCCCAGAGGGCCUUUGGGCUGCUGGUGGCCACCACGUCUCAGCAGUCAGCGGACACCCUGCGCGUGGAGCUGGACGCGGGCCGAGUCAAGCUGACGGUCAACUUGGAUUGUAUCAGGAUAGACUGUAAUCUCAGCAAAGGACCCGAAGUACUCCUGCUGGGUGACAAGCUGAAUGACAAUGAGUGGCACGCCGUUAAGGUGGCUCGGCGGGGAAAACAUUUGCAGCUCUCUGUGGACAAUGUCACCGCCGAAGGCUUCAUGAGCGGUGCUCACACCCGCUUGGAGUUCAACAACAUCGAGACAGGCAUCAUGACAGAGCGCCGAUUCACUUCGGUCAUUCCUUCCAACUUCAUCGGCCACCUGCAGGCCCUCUCUUUCAACGGCAUGCUAUACCUGGACCAGUGCAAGAACGGAGACAUCUCCUACUGCGAGCUGAACGCACGCUUCGGCAUGAGGCACAUUGUGGCCAAUCCUGUGACCUUCAUGACCCAGGCCAGCUAUUUGGCCUUCUCCACCUUGCAAGCCUACGCCUCCAUGCACCUGUUCUUCCAGUUCAAGACCACCAGUCCUGACGGCCUCAUACUGUACAAUUCUGGAGAUGGGAGUGACUUCAUUGUGGUGGAACUGGUUAAAGGGUUCAUACAUUACGUCUUUGACCUGGGAAAUGGCCCAUCGCUGAUGAAGGGAAACUCAGAGAAGCCUCUCAACGACAACCGAUGGCACAACGUGGUCAUCUCCCGUGACAACGAUAACGUGCACACGCUUAAGAUUGAUGUUCGCACCGUCACCCAGCACGCCAACGGAGCACGCAACCUGGAUUUGAAAGGGGAGCUGUACAUUGGAGGUGUCGGGAAGAGCAUGUACAGCAGCCUCCCUCGACUGAUCGCAUCCCGGGAAGGUUACAAGGGCUGCUUGGCAUCCGUGGAUUUGAACGGAAGACUCCCCGAUCUGCUAGUAGACGCCCUUCAGAAAGUGGGCGAGGUGGAUCACGGCUGCGGAGGUCCCAGCACCACUUGCACAGAGGACUCGUGCCACCAUCAAGGAGUGUGUCUGCAACUAUGGGAAGGCUUUUCAUGUGACUGCAGCAUGACAACAUACGGAGGCCCGUUCUGCAGUGACCCUGGAACCACAUACAUCUUCGGGAAAGGAGGCGCUCUCAUCACGUUCACAUGGGCCCCUAACGAGCGGCCCAGCACCCGGGCCGACCGACUCGCCGUGGGCUUCAGUAGCUUGCAAAAGGACGCCAUUUUGGUGCGGGUGGAGAGCACCCACGGGCUCGGAGACUAUCUUCAACUGCACAUAGAUCAAGGCAAAAUCGGCGUCAUAUUCAACGUGGGGACGGACGACAUCACCAUUGAUGAGCCCGCUGUCAUGGUAAAUGACGGCAAGUACCACGUUGUACGCUUCACACGCAGCGGUGGCAAUGCCACUCUCCAGGUGGACAACUAUCCAGUCAUUGAGCGCUACCCUCCAGGACACUAUGAUAAUGAGCGACUGGCUAUUGCUAGGCAAAGAAUCCCGUACAGACUCGGUCGGGUAGUUGACGAGUGGCUACUCGAUAAAGGGAGACAGCUGACCAUCUUUAACAGCCAGGCCGCCAUUAAAAUCGGCGGCCAGGACAAGGCUCGGCCUUUCCAGGGUCAGAUCUCUGGCCUCUACUACAACGGGCUGCAGGUGCUCAAAUUAGCGGCAGAGAACGACCCCAGCGUGCAGGUGGAAGGAAACCUCCGCCUGGUAGGCGAUGCGCUCUCCGUGCUGACUACAGACACGACCUCCGCCACCCCGCUGGCAGUGUCCGAUAUGUCCACCACCAUCAUGGAAACCACAACGACGAUGGCGACCACCACUACCCGAAGGCAGCGUUCGCCCAGCCUGAGGGACAGCAUCUCUAAGCCGCAGAACUCCGAUGAUAUUCUGGUGGCGUCGGCGGAGUGUCCGAGUGAUGAUGAAGAUCUGGAAGAGUGUGAGCCGGGAACAGGAGGUGAAUUAGUGUUGCCUAUUAUAACAGUGGAUUCCCUUGAGCCCCCAUCCAUCGCCACCCGUUACCCCGUCAUCCCUCCUCCCCCUACCCUCCUGUCCCCUUUCGAAACCACCAAAGAGUCUGUGAUAGUCCCCCCUCAUCCUUCCUGUCCCCCAGACCAGGAGGACUGUGGUGACGCCGUGGAGGUCUCGGCCUUCGGCUCCGGGGAGAUGACGGAAUCGGAUGACGAGGACUUUUACAAUAAUAACAACUCCCCGUUGGUCACUGACAGGACAGUCCUUCCGCCGCCUCCCGCCGGUGAGGGCGGAGUCCAGAAACCCCGCCCCUUACCCCCUUAUGUUCCCACCACCAACCCCAACCAGCUCCACAUCCCCGCAGGCAAAAUGAACACCCGAGACCAGGUGCUUCUGCCCCCUGCUCCCCCAUCCUCCCGAAACACUCCAGGACUAACUUACCCCCCCAAUUUUCCCCAUGUGCCCACAGCCGACCCCACCGCCUCCGACGAAAAGAUCCAACCGGGCGCCGUGGAGGUGAUCAGGGAGUCCAGUAGCACCACGGGGAUGGUGGUUGGUAUCGUGGCUGCUGCUGCUCUCUGCAUUCUAAUCCUCCUCUAUGCCAUGUACAAGUACCGCAACCGGGACGAGGGCUCCUACCAGACAGACCAGGGCCACAAUUUUGCCAACAAUUUCGCCGUGGAAGGCAACGGAGCGGUGGUCAAAGACAAAAGCACAGCGACGGCCUCCGUGGCCAAGGCAAUCACAAAAGGCAAAAAGAACAAGGACAAAGAAUAUUACGUAUGA